UUAGUCAACGUCUCUACCUCAGCCAGAACGGAAGGAUGAGUCUAAUUUUAGUUUUAUUAUUUGCUGCAGUUGCUGCCAAUCACUGCGAUAAGCCUUGUCCAACCAAAGAGGAUCCUGGCUGCGUCAGUCGAGACGGGAAAUGUUACUUUACGAUUCCCAAUCCCUGUGUCCUGCACGCCCUAAACUGCUAUCGGAAGUCCAAGAAGUUGUCAGUUCUGGAACCACUUUCCCGCAAUAAGUGUGGCCCGAACCUAGUGCCAGUCUGUGAUAACGUCGAUACCAAUAUCAUUUAAAAGCUGAUAUACAUCAUAUUAAUCGAACGCAUUGAAUUGAAAAAACCACACGCCAAUCAACCAGAAAAAUAGAAUUCCAAAUUCGACCAAUAACAGUUGAUUGAGUUCCCCACUCUUUAUAAAUAAAAUAGUUUUGAUUAUUAUCA